AUGACCUUGGUACGCAAAGCAGUCUGGCUCUUUCAACGUAUAUCGUGCAGCGUGCGUAUGGCUAGCACGUCUUUUAUUAAAGAAGGCUGUGCGGAAGUCAUGCUUCCAGAUGGCGUGUUUUACAACCCUGUACAAGAAUUUAACAGAGACCUUACAAUAGCUGUAGUAAAUCAGUUUGGAAAGUUGCACAGAAGAGAAGCUAUUCUGAAAAUGAAGGACAAAAUGAGUGAAACUCCUGAUUCUCCUUGUGGCCUAAAGAUAUUGGAGGCAUUAGCAGCAUCCGGAAUUAGAUCUGUUAGAAUGGCUCUCGAAGUUUCAAAUGUAUCGAGUAUUAUUGCCAAUGAUCUUAGUCCAGAGGCUGUUGCUUUGAUACAGAAGAAUGUCGCUCACAAUAAUGUGGAGAAUAUUGUCAGUACAGUCUGCGGUGACGCUGUCGACCUUAUGCAUCAACGUCGGUUAUUUGGCGAAAAGUUUGAUGUGGUUGAUAUCGAUCCAUUUGGAACAGCAAGUCCGUUUUUAAACACGGCCGUCCAGUGUUUACGGAGUGGUGGACUUCUCUGUGUCACUUCAACAGAUUUGGCUGUGUUAUGUGGGAGCACUCCUGGAACUUCGAUGGGAAAAUAUGGUGGGAUGGCUAUUAAAACAGGCUCUACACAUGAAGUUGGAUUACGAAUACUUUUAAAUGCUAUGCAGUUGGCUGCAAGUCAGCAUGGUAAAGUUAUUGAACCUUUGUUAUCGUUGUCAGUGGAUUUCUAUAUUCGUGUAUUUGUACGUGUUUGGUCUAGUCCGAUAUCUGUAAAAGCUAUUGCAGCUAAACAUGGUAUUUGUUAUAUUUGUCGUGGAUGUUUAGCCUAUCACAUACAACCUCUUGGAGAAGCAGUUAAUACUAGUAAAGUAGUUGCCGCAGCUCUUGGCCCACCUAUAGGACCUCAGUGUAUAGAAUGCGGUUCGAAAUUUCAUGUGUUUGGUCCUAUUUGGAUUGGACCUUUACAUAGUCGUACAUUCCUACAUGAGUUUCUCUCGGAUUUAGGCUACCCUCCCAAAAACGUCGACAAUGGUAUAUCAAGUUGUUUGAAUGGUGAAAAUCACUCAUCUUCAACACAAUUGGACAUAAGUACUGGAUCAAGUGAAUCAAAAGUUGAGGUAUCAACUCAUAGUCUAACGAAUAAAAAUUACCGCACAUUUAAACGUAUCAUCGGUAUGGUUACUGUGGCGUAUGAAGAACUUCCAGAUGUUCCUUUAUAUUACAUAAUUGAUCAAUUAGCAUCAGUUUUUGGUUGUACCAUGCCUAAACAACCAGACUUAUAUUCUUGUCUUCUGAAUGCCAACUACCGUGUUUCUUGCUCGCAUGCUGAUAAAAAUUCUCUGAAAACAGAUGCUCCGCAUUCAUUUGUACUCGACUGUUUUCGAUCUCAUUGUGAUAGAACUGGAACAAACUGUAAAAGAGAAAAACCUGACCUUGAAUCAAAUGAUGAUGAAGGAGAUCCCGAAACAGAAGUAAACGCAACACCAAAGGUCAGUGUUCGAAGCAGAAGACGCUUCAGAAGAAAGAAGCAUGCUGAUGGUAACUUGAAAAUCUCAUCGAACAUGGAAGAGACAAAUAUUGAAUCGGAUAGUAAUGUUUCACAUAGUCAAACAGUACGCAUCAGCUUACGAACCAGACCAAUUAAUCCAUCAGUAUCUUUCACUCGUCAUCCGCUUGCUGAACCUCCAUCAAAAAUGAUGGUCUAGUUAGGUAAGUGAAGUACCUUUUUAAAAAUCUGUCGAUAUUGAAUAGUUGCUAGUUUUGUAUGAGGUAAACGUACACCACGGUAGAUUGGAACAAGUAAUUAAAAAUGGACAAGUAUUUCAAGUUUUGGGAACUGUAUUAGUUGUAAUUGGUACGAAAUUGUAAAAAUCGGAUAACUUUUCAAUGAAAGUGACUCUGAAAUUAUAAAAUAAUCGACUUGUCGAUUGCGAAACCGAAGUGAAUAGAACUGAGACCUUUGAUGAGCAUCAUUGUUUUAACCUAUCCCAACAUUAGUCAACACUUAAUUUCUGAGUUCUAGUCUUAGUGUAGAUGGCAGUCACUCAGCGAAAUUCAACCUGAGACCUAAUGUGUGUUCAAAUCGUUUCAAGUUGCCAUACCCUGUUAGCACACCAAGAUUAAAUUGUUAGGACGAAUCCCAGAGUAGUAGAGGUAGUAACAGUGCUGGUGGUAAUAGUAUAACAACUAUCCUACAAUCAAUUACGAUUAUGGUUAAUCCCUUUUAUUAACUUAACAAACAACGUUAUUCGAAUAGUAACAAUCCGUCUAUUUCUUUGUACUGUUAUGAUCACUAGACCACAUGAAAGACUAGCUAAAAUGUUGAUUGCUUAAAUAUCCCUCGAUGAUUCAUUCUCUUCCUCAUGUAUUUAUGUACUCAAAUCCUAUUAUUAGAUUUUCCUGUGCACUUAUGCGAUCUGACUAUAAAUUUGCUUAUGUAUUUGCACAUAUAUACAUAUAUUCGCCCCUCUGCUUCAAAUUCGCUUGAUGCGCUUAUAGCUUUGUAAUCUGCGUUAUCCGCAAAUAAACUGUAGUUGCCGCUUCUCAUUGCCUUCUGAUUUCAAACUGUUAAGAUUUAUAUUAUAACGGUUAUCGAGGUGAUUGAUUAACGAGCCAAAGCCACUACAAUAGGAAGGAUUAGGCACCGAAGAUUACGAUUCAAGAAAACCAAAAUCAACGAAAUACAAAGGUUAUGAGAAAUCCAGAAACUUAGGAUUAGACAAAAUGUAAAUGUACCUGCGCCAUUGCAAACGACUUUUAACCAUAUAGUUCGAGAUCUCUAAUCAUUAGCUAUGAUAAUCUCGCAGAUCCUAACGAAGUAGUUUACACCUAAUAAUAUGGCUCUGCUCACUUAUCAAUGACUUCUUCAUAGACUGGUUCUUCAUCUUGGCUUAGCUACCCUUAACUUUCUUCCAACCUACUCCUGCACCAGACAAUAUCGAUCUUCUAGGUAAGCGGUGGAUAGGCAUACGUAACACACGCCCCAGGCUCCUCAGUUGAAGAUUUGCUACUUCGUCUAUCGAUUUUUCAUUUUUAACUCGUACCCUAUCUUCAACCCUGGUACUCACUUGUUAGUCCCGAAAUGAACGAGCGAUGCUUCGAAGACACCUAUAAUCGCACGCUAGUAACGUGCGAAUAUCCUCUAUCGUUAAUGACCGUUUUCCACACCCAUAGAGUAAAAAGAAGUAGACUGUUGCGUAGUAGACUCGUCCUUUGGUUGGUAGACAAAUGUUACACCUAUGUCACAAGUUGGCAAAAGCCAGUUGAGCUUUCUAAGUCCGUAACGAGAUUUCGGCAGACCCAAAUAAUUCACUGCCUGUCAUUAAUUCAAGCGCUGAUCACCCAGUUUUGAAGCAACAUUUUGAAUUUGGAAGGAGGAAAUCUCAAUCUAAA